AUGCCCAACCGCUACAUCGACAAGCAAACACAGACCGACGAUAUCAUCAGCGAAAUUCGAGACAUGAUCCAAGACGAGCAAAACAUUCAGGCAAAUCGCCAGAACAGCAAGCACAAGCAGACUCUCGAUACCAUCAACGAGACAGAUUGCCCCGGUGGUGAUUCCGAACCGGAUAGUGCGGCCAUAUCUAGUCUCCAGAACGUCAACCAACCGGAGACUCUCAGUACCAUUGACGACACGCACGACAUUGAUGUGCAGACCGAACAGGGAAAUACAGGCGACGACAAGUCUUCGGAUUGA